AUGCACCACAGAGUACAAGCGCGGACUUUCGUCAUCCAACCAACACCAGCCACAGAUGUCCAUUCCCCGAAUCAUAACCGCAACCUUCCCUCGCCAGCGAUCGCAUCGCCUCAUCUCACUCCCUCACAGGGGCUAUUGCCGCCCCUCUCCAACUGUCCCGCCUCGCCUCAGAGCUGCAGUGGGAGCUCCGAAUUGAGCGAUCUAGACCCCGAGUUGUUUCCCAUCGACUGGGACCUCGAUGGCCCCGCCGGCCACCAAGUAUUGCGUCUCAAGCCGACUGUCGAUCAAUGGAACGACUUUCCUGCCUUGCUAGCCUUCGCCCGAAGUCGACAUGCCGACGACGAUGGCUGCUUCAAAAUUAUCCUACCGCUUGAGCUCCAGGAGCCCCUCCCCGAGAAGAGUUCUCAUAAAGUCCCGGCAAACGCAUACAAGCCUAAUCAGAUCAAGAAGAAUAGCUUCUGGCGCGUCAACACUGUUCCAUCUCUGGGCACCUUUGCGUCCUCUGUGCUCGGGCCAGAGUGCACCACCAGUGCUGCCGAGGCCGUCGACGAUCUAAGGAAAAUGUUCCGAAAAAACGAUCGCAAACAGAUUCGCAAUGUUCGCUAUCGUGUCGACGUCCCCGCCUGGACCCCAGAUCAGCGCCGUGCUGCCGGCGUACCUGAGCGGAGUCCCAUCCAUCCACUGAAAGGAGACAAGCUGGAUCACACCAGAGCCAUCAUUCCAGGAAUCCACACACCCUAUGUCUACGAAUCUGGCCCCCACUUUGGAGCGAGCUUCCAGAUCCAUGCAGAAGAUUUCCGUCUAGUCUCACUCAACCAUCUGUACAAGGGCCGAAAGAUCUGGAUUGUGGUCCCUUCGACCGCAGUCGACGUUGCUGAGGAGGCUCUCGGACGAAGAGAUAGGUGCUCACAGUUCAUGCGCCACCGUGCCGAGUUCUUCUUUCCACAGAAACUCACCAAGCUCGGCAUCCCCUUUCGCAUCGUCGAUCAACGCCCCGGAGAAACAAUUGUCAUCUUACCUGAUGCAUACCACGAGGGCUUCAGCACGGGAUAUACCAUCGCGGAAGCAAAAAACUACGCCGACGCAGCCUGGACCACUGACACGUAUCAGCCGUGUGAGACGAGCUGUCAGCUCGCCACUGCGAUUCCUGCUGAUCUCUUGAGACCCCUGGGAGAGGGUGAAUCACGGUUAGACUUGUGUACCGGCUACGAUGCAGUAGUAAUGCCUGAGCCGGCGAAGCGGAGGGUGGAAGACGAGGAUGAGGAUAAUCGGGAUAUUAAACGAAUCAAGGAAUAGACAUCGGCGCAUUGGGAACGGUCUGGAGUUGCUAUUUUCACGUCACGGUUGAGUUUUAUUUUGGGCGGCAGGUUGUGUUACGACUUCGGAAUACCCAACACGUACGGCGUACUUCAUCUAUCAGGGCAAAUGGGGCAUGAUAUCAUGGGUUUUGAUCUUCCCUCUCUCGUAUUUAUAACAUACUCGACAAGCAGCAUCCCUUAGCGUCUCGGGUUUACAAGGUUUGAGGCUGGGAUUGCAAUGACUGUCAAGGACCUAGGGCAGCUUUCAAACUAUUAUAAUGUCUGACC